UUCAGACGUGUCGUCUGUGGAGGAUUUUCAAAUGUUUGCGUUACAUCCAUCGAAAUGUUACUGGAUAAUGACACAGUCAUUCCUCACAUCCCUCCACAAGCUUUUCAAUCAAUCAAAGUCUAGCGGAUCACUGUAUAUUACAAUGAAAAGAUAUGAUGGACGAGUUAAGCCUAUUCCCAAGCGGGUUCAAAAAGUAAAGGAUGUUCACGUAACUAAUGAAAAUAGCUGUCUUCUUCGAGCUACACUUGGAAACCAAAAAAUUAGUACUGUAGUUCACCAGAAGGACAUGAAUAGAUUCAAUCAAGCUUAUUCCAAUCUUCUGAAAGCUAAUAUUGAUGGUUUGAAAAAACGUGAUAAACGUGUCAAGUCGACAAAUAUAUCAAGUAAACUCAAUCGACCCAAGACAGAAAAAGGCUAAUGCAAUACAUAAUAUUCGGGAUUUUGACUGAUUUCAUUAUACUUAAUGUAUUUAUUUUCAGUUCUCUGUACAUAAUGUCGUAUUCGAUUUCCGGUCAUGUUGGUGAUACAAUAAAGAUGUGGGUGGCCUUGGACUUAUCGUGUAAAUUGAAUAAAUGGUAAUGCUUUGUACAUGUAUAACUUACCCCACUUGUUUAAUGGGUCAGAAAAAACUGUAGAAACAAUGCACCUCUGAUCAACAUUCGACCUAUUUUUUGUACUCCGAAACUGAUAGUUUAUAUUUAAUUUCAACUCAGAUGCGUGAAUGUAGACGUCAACUUAC